AUGGAAAUAGCAGGAAUCCAGUUUGCUCCGCUCAAAGUCCCUCUAGAUAGAAGAUUGCAAACAUUAGCAGCAGGAGCCGGCUUCGUCUGGCUUAUUUUCGGAGGCUUCAUUUGCCUUAUUUGGUCCAUAUACCUUGUCCUAUUCACCAAAUAUUGGCUCUUGAUUGUAGCCUAUUUAGGUUGGUUCGUUUUGUGGGACAUUAAAAUUUCUGAGCAAGGUGGCCGGCCUUCGAGAUGGGUCAGAAGCUGGAGAUGGUGGAAGUAUAUGAAAGAUUACUUUCCAGCUGUGCUGGAAAGGUUGCCAUGGGUGGAACUGGAUCCAAAAAAAAACUACCUAUUUUGCUGUUUUCCACAUGGAAUGUUAUCUUUAGGAGUUUUUUGCACUUUUGGUAGUGAAUAUGGGGAAUUCAAAACCUAUUUCCCCAAUCAUCAAGCGCAUGUGGUAACACUCAAUCAGCAUUAUAUAAUGCCAUUUUUUAGAGAAAUUGCAUUGGCUUUAGGAGGUAUUUCCGCUGAAGCCAGAGCCAUAGAUCAUGUGUUGAAGAAUCCAGAAGGUGGUCAUGUUUGUGUACUCAUGCCAGGGGGGGCACAGGAAAGUUACUAUUGUAAACCUGGCCAGUAUCAGAUUGUAUUGAAAAAAAGAAAAGGUUUCGUCAAAUUGGCUCUGAAAAAUGGUACGCCAUUGGUGCCGGUACUAUCGUUUGGUGAAACAGAUACGUUUGAUCAAGUCGAAGGUAAUACUUUGAGGAAAAUUCAAGAAACUAUUAGGAGAUGGAUUGGGGUGGCUCCAGUGGUACCUGUUGGCAGGGGAUUUUUCCAAUACAGUUUUGGUUUAAUACCGAGGAGAAAACCUAUAUGGGUUGUUGUUGGUCAUCCUAUGGAAGUUCCCAAAAUUGAAAGUCCCACUCACGAGCAAGUAGAGGAAUACCAUGCAAAGUUCAGUAAAGUUCUAGAGGAAAUGUUCGAGGAACAAAAAUAUAAUUAUUUAAAAGAACCAGAAAAUAAAAAAUUGGUUAUCCUAUGA